UACGUCACGUGGUAGGUUGUAUUGCGCUCCGCUUCGCAGCGGUACGUGGUUCGCGAAGAGGAACGGUGCCGCUGUGGUUGUGAAGUUAUACUGUGUGAUUUGAUACGGUAGACCUACCUAACACAAUUUACAGUAAAAUAACUUGGAGCUUAUAAUAUUCUUUGAUGAUGACUUGAUGUAAAGAAAUAAAUAUAAUAUUAUAACACGGAUUACACGGACACUGAUUGAUGAUACGAUCAAUCAAAUGCAUUUAAAACAACAGUACUAAAUUCGCUAGUUACAGUAAUGAAGAUAUGAACUUAACCAUGCAAUAUGACUGCCCGGAAUCCCCUAGCAUUAACUUUGGUUAAAUACAAACGACGGACUAAAAAAUAAGUGAAAAUUAGUGUUAAUGAUGGCGGAAAAUGUGAUGGAGAGGUGAAAAAUGCGGUGGCUUGCGGUGGUAGUGACGUUGUGCCUGGCUUUGCACGGCGCGGCGGGCGGUUGUGGAGUGGCAGAAUUCGCGUGUAGGAGUGGCGCUUGCGUUCGUUUGGAUUCGUUUUGCGAUGGCACUGCGCAGUGCGCAGAUGGCAGUGACGAACCUCCCCACUGUUCCGUCUGCAAUCGGACGUAUUAUGGCCGCGCAGGAGUGGCGUAUUCUCUAGGAGUGAGAGAGGCGCCGCGUGCGCCGUUCCUCUGCCAUCUAACGUUCACCGCUGGGGGUGGAGCUCACGGGGAUAUUGUGCAGCUGGCUUUUGACAAGUUCCAAGUCGGCCGCUAUGAGCCUGGUGCUUUGGAUGGAUGUCCUGACGGGUACAUGCAAUUAUCGGAGCUGGGCCGGCCUUUCACCGGGGGGUCCUGGUGCGGGGAGGCGGGGGGCGCGGCGCUGUACUACUCAGAGACGGCGACCGUCACAGUAUCCGUCAAAUUGUUCAGGGCUCGUCUUGGCGAGCCGUUCUCCUUCCAGCUGCGAUAUAAGUUUCUGCAGCAACGGGACGCUGUAGUCAGGUUCGGCGCCAUGGAAGCACCGUUGGAGCGAGGCGCUGUCUCCCCCGGCACGUACUGUACCCGGACAUAUGAGGAGUGCCACCGCAAGCCCUGCCGACUGCAGUCACCCAACUACCCUGGCAUGUACCCAAGGAACGUGACAUGUUACUGGAGUUUACGACAGAAAGACAUCCCGACGUGCAAACACGCCAUGAUCUCCGUACGCCAGGAGUACUCUCACAAGAUGCAGAUCAAACGAUCUAUAUCCAUGGCAAGCUUGAACAAAACUGGUCGAGCAGUACGAGCGUGGCGGGAAUGCACCGGAGAAAGAGACAGGUUGAUCUUCUACGACGGCGGCAGUACAGAUGACCCGGUCCUUGUCGAGUUCUGCGGCGGAGACUGGCUGCCCAGGGUCACUUCCAGAGGACCAGAGAUGCUGGUGGCCUUCCACUCAUCGCCUUUCAGCGCCCCGCUGAAGUCCGCAGCGCCACAAGCCCCGUUAAGAGGAUUUGAAUUGGAUGUUGAUGUUGUGUUUGCUGACUCUGAUUCGCUCGAUUAUGCGAGAGAGGCGCGGCGUUGUGAAUUCCAUGUGAAAGCCUCAUCUUCAGAAGAGGAAGGAAACACAACCGCCAUGGGCAAUGGGAGAGGCAGACGAGGUAGACUAAGAGCUCCAUCACAUACUUUGCCUCCGAAUACGACGUGCACUUGGACCUUUCAUGGCAGACCUGGUGACCUGGUCUGGAUCUACUUUUCAAGCUUCACCCAUUACUCUCUGGUGGAGCAGAGGCGAGUCGAGAGUGGAGAGAGAGAUGAAGAGAACGCAUUGAUCCCGCCAAUACUACGGCCAACACCUGCGCCUGCGCAAGGUCGCGAGACAGGUGGUGGCUGCGCAGUGGAGUUGCGCAUUUGGGACGGUGGGGGGGAGUCGCUGCUUGGCCACUACUGCGACGCAACGCCUGCUCUGUGCGCGCGCGCAGCGCUCGCUAACGCAACGCGAGCUCCCCGACCAUGCUCGCCGCCCGAUGGGUAUGUGUCGACAGCUGCGAUGCUUUCAAUGGCAGCAACUUCCAAACCCGGCACUGCGACGCACCCUCUAGCAUUCUCAUUACAUUAUGAGUUUGUUGAUGCCAGAUUAGAAGGUCUAUCGAUGCCCGAAGACCACAGAAAAAAGCGGACUAUGCCAGCGGAAUGUGCAAGAGUUUUGACAACUCCCGGAGAUUUUGCGUCGCCGAGGAACGCCUUAUGGUUCGGACGCGGAGGAGCUAGAAGCUUGAGAUGCGUGUACAGGAUCCAGGGAAAUGGUGGGAAAGUCUUAGUCGAACUGACUUCGGCAACCUUCGGCCGGGAGCCGAUUUGUUCGACCAAGCCCGAUCCGGUUACUGGGAGGCCGUCUUGCGUGAUUGAACCUCCGUUGGAGCCUCGACUUGAAGAUGAAACUAACACAGAAGUGGAUGAAUUGGAUGACGAUGAUGAGUUUUCGCUGAGAGUCCCACAUUUGCAAGUUUAUGAGUCACCGUGGCCAGGAUACAGGGUGCCAGUUGCAUGCAUAUGCGACAACAGCAGCGCACCGCUUCAACUAGAAUCGCUCGGCGGAGCGCUAGAACUGGAGCUGGUAGCGCCAAGGCUGAGGCCGGCGGAAGACCAGCGGCACUUACAGUUCCGAGGGACUUGGACGCGCCACGCCGCACCGCCUUGCGCUUCACGGAGGAGACUGGCGCCGCCGGGACAGAGGGUGCAUUUGCUGUAUCCUUACUCUGACAACCGAAUCUCAGAAUGCGGCGAGACCCCCUUCUUACUCGUAGCGCGUGGUAACCGCAGCGUAUUCCUGAGAGUGUGGGGGGAAGAACUACCAGCCAUGGACCCCCCACCGUGCCACACCACCAAUAGAGUAUUUGUCUAUGAUGCGCAAGAUGAGCGGUUGAUCCGAGUGAUAUGUCCUGGUGGUGGCGAGCGCACAGUCCACGUGUUCACCGACGAUUGGUGGGGGCGGGGCGUGCGGGGAGCGGGCACGAACGGUGCACAAGCCGCUGCGUUGCUCGUGGUCUGGUCUGCGCGGGAGUCUGGCCACGCCCACUUCUCCUGGAUGGAAGUGUGGCGCGCCGGACCCACACCUGCAUUGCAAAGACUAACCGGAGUCGAAGUCUGGCCCAACGUGAGUCAGCAAUGCGCGCACCCAUGUAUUUCUCUCGGCGCGUGUAUGGAGCGUGAUUUGUGGUGUGAUGGCGAGACGGAUUGUCCUGGAGGAGGGGACGAAGCAGGUGGUUGUGGGGCGACAGCUAGGAUAUUAGCAGCUUUAGCCGCGCCAGCUGUAGCCGGCGCUGCAGCGGGAACGGCAGCGGCGGCUGGGUUACUGGUGCUAGCUUGCGUCGCCGUUUGUCGGAGACGACGUCGACGCGCCGACAAACAGCUACUCGGCGCUUUGGCCGCUGGACGGAGAUUGACAGAAGAAUUAUUGUAUGACGCGUCAAGAACUUCUUCUACGGUGUCCUCCUGACGGCGCGAGCGCUCCGUCGAGUACAUACACGUGGACAGAGAGACCACGGUGUGACGGAGCGCUGACGUUGUAUAUACGGACCCGGUACCGGGCUGUGAUAAACUCACUCUUAUCCUCGUUAAGUUAUUCUCUCGUUGCGUUGUUGUAAAUAUUUUUUAAUUGUUUGUUUGACGGAGCCUGAUGGAUGUGUGAGUGAGCGAGCGUGUGCGAGGCUCUGUCGCGACGUGUGUGGCACGCGAAGGUGCUAUUUAUGUUUAGUUAUGGACGAAUGUUCGCACAGAGCUGGGUAUCGGAUAACAAGAGAUAUUUCAUUUUGGAAAAGUGAAAUGUUUCUGAAUCCUUGAUGAAUUACAAAAAUGAAAUCAAACUCUUCCAAUAUCGAGCUAAAAGUCUAACCUUCUACUGCCAUUCAAAAAUAUAUUUGUAUUUCUAGGGCUUCUAUUUCGGAAACUUGUGAGUUGCAAGUUUUUCAUAAAUAUGAAUAGCCAAAGAUCGGGAACACAAUUCGCUCAGAGCCAAUAUAGACAACGUCACUGUUUUUGAGUCACCCGUUCCGAAAAUAGGACCCCUGGAUUUUCAUUUAAUUUUAUCGAUCGAUUCCCUAGUCUGUGCGACAUCGCAUUCCGAUUUAUCGACGAACUGUCCCGUCCCCGUUCCCACACCUUCGGAACGCUCAAAUAAACACAGUUCAUGUGAACUUUGAAUGUGUUUCAUUUCGUAACUCGAUUGUAUUUAUAUGUAAGUAUGCACAUAAUGUAUGUAUAUAUCGUCAUCGCGAUCUUGUGAUCUAUAUUAAGUAUUCUGGUUUGACUUCGGAAUCAUUGAUAUAAAUUUUCAGAAAAUCUUAUCUUCAAAAAUUAUGUUUCUUUAUCCAGAACUCAUAUUGUAGUAUUGAAUUAUUAAAAAAAAACAUUUUCUUUCAUGUUUAUUUAUAUAGUUCGAGAUAACGGAUUGAAAUUUAAUUGUAUUGAAAUAAGUUUCAAAUAGUUUCAUUCAGAAAGUCAUAUAAUUAUUCAAUACAUUUUCCUAUAACGUUUCUUUAAUUGAUAACAGUGAUUCUGAAGUUUAGCAGCUGGUAUAUAACCCGGUGUUUAAAUGAAAGACAAAUUGACACAUUCACCAAAAACUUAUUAUGUAAGUACUAUGAGUUAUACGACCCAUUUCAAAGAGAUGGAAACUUUUGACAGUUCCACAAGUAUUUCAAUAAAAUUUACUAACAUAGUUUUGGGAUUGAGUUAGGAGCUCUCGGAUAGUGAUAUACGGGACUAGAAAGUGUUACGGUGUAAAUGUGUGAUUUUCUGUCAUUCAGUACAUCGGGUAACGUGAAUAUCGGACAUAUUUUUAAAUAUUACGCGAUCGAAGUUCGCCCAGUUUGAUUAUUUUAGAGUUGUUGCAUCGAUGAGAAACUAAAACAAAAACGAAUCGGAGCCAAACUGUUACUAUAAUCAAACCAAACCUUCAAACGUUAAAAUAAAGUUUAUUAUGUCUUUUUAAUGCGUGAAAUUAAAUAUACACGAAUUUUGUUAAAAGUAAUAAGACGUCAACCCAUUUAUAACAUAUCCAACUAAUGAAAACAAUCGUAAACAAAUGUUUGAAUUGACUCACAAAAACAGGUGAGAAAAAUUCAAUUUUCGUUCAACUCAUAAUCUCACCGGUUUUUAUUGAGUCACACAUUUCAAAAAUAGACCCAUGGGGCCGGAACUUUAUUCUCACAAAUAAAUAUAAGUCUUACUUACUUGUUUAUGAGAACUUGGCGAUUUCGUUCGCGUGGUUUUUCCCAAUGCGUCCGUGUAAGUGCGCAGUAGCGAUGCACGUAGCGUCCGUAGCAGCACGAAGUUCAAUAAAGUCACCUGAAAUAACA